AUGGCCAAGUCCAAAGCGGCAAAGCGUAAGCGCAACGCACAAAUCGAUCUUCCACAAAAGAUUUCGAAAGCAGUACCGAAUCUAACACCGCCUCCCGAUGGCAUACCUCUCGAGCCCACGCAUCUCAAUGCCGUCGUCUCAGACGAGGAACUCGACAUUACAAUUGAGACGCUCACGGCGCUUGCACAAUAUCCAGGCCUGACAAAGUCGAAGGCAUGCAAGGAUCUGCGAGUCGCGGUCUAUGACUUCCGCCAGACAUGCACUACGGGUGUUAACACUGCCGAGGGCGCCAACUUGACAGCUCGAAUAACCGGUGCAUUGGUGGACGAGAAAUACAUUGAAGCCAAGAUCUUGCUUGCAGAGAUGAGGAUCAGGGGGGAACAACCCAAGAUUGGAGCAUUGUGUCGCUGGGUGCGAGAUCUGGAUGUCGUCAGCGGCCUCUCGACGCAGCAUAAAGCACACGAUCAUGUCCCCCUUCAGCGCAGUGUGAAGGAAAACGAAAUCCUGGGCGUCCUUGAUGCCAUCCUGCGCGUCAGCACCCCGAUUGACACCAACACAAACGCCGUUGACUCAACCGAUCCCAUCGCCUUCCAGUCCAUCUGGGACCUCCGCCCCUCGACGACGCCACUUCCCGUCUACGCCUCAGUCCUUGACAAAUCAAUUUUGGAUGAGGCGCCCAAGUCUCCAUCUGCUCUCCGCAUCAUCGAACAAACCCCUGGCCCACUCCGCAAACCCCCAAACCACCAUCCGGCUAUCCUCUAUACCACCGCGCCGAACGCCGUCCCACUGGCUCCUGUCGGUCCUUCCAUAACAUACCACGCACAUCCCGCUGUGCCAGGCCUUGGCCUUGCCCUCAAUGUCCUAUCCCCCACCGAGUGCAAGGCGAUCAUCGCUGCCGGUGAAUCUGUUGAUUUCCUGCCGGACGCGCCCCUUCGCGAGGAUGGGGACAUCAGCAUCCUAGCCCACAACUUUUACUGGAUCAUUGACACCACAUUCCACGACAUGCUUUGGGCACGAAUUUCCCCUUAUGUGCCACCCUCUAUCAACGGUCGCAUGGUCCGAGGCAUCAAUCGUCGCUUCCGUGUGUACAGGUAUGUUCCCGGAGCCGAAUAUCGGUGUCACAUUGACGGAGCUUGGCCGCCGUCCGGUAUUCUUUCUGAUGACACAUACGUGUACGACUCUUCGCCUGAGGAAAAGAAGCAGAGCUCGAUGUACACAUUUCUACUAUAUCUCAACGAUGAGUUUGAGGGCGGAGAGACGACAUUCUUCAUGCCAGCCCCGCGGGAAGGGACCCUCAACGGAUACCCGGUGCGACCUGUGAUGGGAGCUGUUGCGAUAUUCCCACAUGGGGAGUCGAAUGGGGCCUUGCUACAUGAAGGUACAGGGGUGAGGAAGGGAGCAAAAUAUAUUAUUCGGACUGACGUAGAGUACGAUGUGAAGCCUUGUGGAGAGUGA